AUGAUGACGAUGAUGAUGACACUCCAGAGACAGUCCAGUCCCGGAGUCAUUGAGGAGGACCUGGACAAGACAUGGGACAUGAAAGGGUUUCUGGGCCUGGAGGGAUGUCAAAGGAGAGAGUCCAGAGAGGAGGACAGCGUGGAGAGGAAAACACUGGUGGAAUUGUCUGUGGACAGCUCUGAGAAUGGUGCAGAAGAAGGGAGAAAGAUGAUGGCCUCUUCUACUCCUCCUCUGCUCGAACCCUCCUCCGCUCCAUCCCCCCCAGGGCAGCAGUUCCCAACACAGUGCCCUUAUCCCCGGCCGCUCAACGGCAGCUGUGGUCCCCUGUCGGGCCCCCCAACCAUGGGCGUAUCCUGCCUCACCAUGGCCCUGGGUGCCCUCUCCAACCUGGCCGCCCUCGUCAUCCUGGCCAAGUCCCGCUCCCGCUCCCGCUCCCGCUUCCGGCGCCGCGCCCGCACUCCCUUCCUGCUCCUGACGGGGGCACUGCUGCUCACCGACCUGGCGGGCCAUGUGAUCCCAGGGGCGCUGGCCCUGCGGCUACAUGCGGAGCGGCUCCGGGACCGAGGAGAGGCCAUGAAGCCCGCGGGACUCUUCUGCCAGCUCUUCGGGGCCUGCAUGGUCUUCUUUGGGCUGUGCCCCCUGCUGCUGGGCGGGGCCAUGGCAGCCGAGCGCUGCCUUGGCAUCACGCGGCCCCUCUUGCACUCGGCGGCUGUAACGGCGACCCGCGCUCGCCUAACUGUUGCCCUGCUGUCUGGCGUGGCCCUGCUGCUGGCGGUGCUCCCUCUAGUGGCCGUGGGCCGUUACACGCCGCAGUUCCCCGGUACCUGGUGCUUCCUACCAGUGCACGGACCCCUGGCAGCCGCCGACGCCGCCCUGCUGCUUGCCUUCUCGGCCCUGGGGCUGCUGGCAUUGACCUUCUCGCUGCUCUGCAACACCACCAGUGGGCUGGUCCUGCUACUGCGGGCUCGGCGAUCUCGGGGCAUAGGCACACGGCCUCAUGGCUGUGUUUCCUCAUCCUCCUCCUCGUCCCUGGACCUGGAGAUGAUGGGCCAGCUGGGCGCCAUCACCACUGUGUCCUGUGUCUGCUGGUGCCCCCUGCUGAUCUUCAUCCUGGUGUCCGUGGGCCAGUGCUACCAAGAGCGCGGACAGAGUGCUCCCGAGUUUGAACAGCUCGUGCUGCUGGGGCUGCGCAUGGCUUCCUGGAACCAGGUGCUGGACCCCUGGAUCUACAUCCUGCUGAGGAGGACUGUGGUGAGAAGGUUGUGUCAGUUCCUCAGGGUGGAGAGGCCAAGCUUCACGCAGAGCAGCUCCUCCAGCACCUCACGCCAGCAGGACAUCCACCUGCAAUGCUCAGUGGUGUAG